AUGAGGUUUGCAGCCAAUGAUAUAAAUAUACCUCGACAGAUCAACAAUUACCCAACGUCAACUAUUGACAAUAUUAUAUAUUAUCAUGAAGAACAUUUAAAGUAUUAUAAAGAACUGAAAGCUACUUUACAAGAAAAUGGACCGGACACAGCGGAGAAUUUUCACAAAGAGAAUUUUGAGGAUUUGUGUAAGACACUAAAAAAUCUUACAUUUAGAGCAAAGCGUUCUUUCGGUGAGAAUUUAUUAACAAAAUUAAGAUCUAAUCUUUGUGAUUUGGAACUUCCCGAGGAAAUUAUACCAUAUAACCAUGAAAAUAAUGAGGAUGAAGCAGUUAAGAGUUAUUGUAAUGAAUUGUGA